ACCGUUCAUAACAAACCGUAACCGGUUCAAUAGAAACUCCUAGAGCUUGUAAAAACUAAAUUCAACUACGGAAGCGGGGACAAGAUCUCUGAGUACAAAAUGCUAAAGGCGACAGCAGAAGACUUAGAGGCUGCUGAGAAGUUAUUUAACGAAAUUUCGGAAAAAGCCGAUGAACUAUGUGGAGAUGUGGAUAACAUUUGUGAAAAGGCCGGCGACGGUAGUCUAUCUACAGCAAAGGGUUUAAGUUUUCUGGAAAUGAAAUACCAGACAAUGCUUAGUUAUGUAAUGGAUAUUACUUCCAUAAUAAAUAAAAAAAUUCAAGGCAAACCAAUCAGAAAUGAACAAAGUGUUGAUCGUUUAAUAGAAAAUAGAACGAUUUUAGAAAAGAUAAAACCCAUUGAUAAGAAACUGAAAUAUCAAAUUGAUAAGUUAAUUAAAACUGCAAAUAGCGCAACUUCAGAUCCAAAUGAUCCAACAAACCUAAAACCAAACUUAGACAACUAUGAGAGUUCUGAUGAUCAAGAAUCAUCCGAUGAAGGAGGUGUUGAGAAAACUGCUAAAGGCGUUUAUAAACCUCCUAAACUGGCUCCAGUUAGAUAUGACGAAGAAGAUACUGUACGCGCAAUAAAAGAGAAGAAAUUAGAGGAGAAAAAACGAAGAGCUCUAACGAGUGGUUUAUAUAGAGAACUUCGUGAAGAGUUGCACGAUGGUCCUGAAGAGAUACACGAAUCUAUCGAUCUACAUAGAGCUAAAACGGAUAAGAAAUUAAAGGAGAAAAAAGAUUACGAAGAAAAAUAUUUCAUUCGAAUGCCUGUCUCCAAGAAAGAAAAGAAUGAAGCUAGAAGAAUGAGAACCCUGAACGAUAUUAAUUCUAUUGCUGAAUUUGGCCAAGUAGCAGGUCUUACAAAUGCAGAUCUAGACGAAGAUGAUGACAAAGUAACUCCGUCUAAAAAAAGAAAGGCUAAAAAACAGGGCAAAGGCAAACGAAAGGGGAAGAAAAAGCGAAAAAUACGCAUAUAA